GUGCCAAAGCGCCGGAUUUGCUUUUACACAGCGAUCUUUUCGUGCUAUGUACGUAUAUAUGUACUUCAUUAUGUAGUUGACAGACCGGCAGCCAGACAGACGCUAGCAUGCUCCAAUUUUAACUGCGGCUUGAUUGCUAUUCAGUAGAAGGAAAGAUGGCUCACUGGAGGUUCAAAGCUUCCAAAUUCAAGAACGCAGCACCAACAGUGCCCAAGCCAGAGGCUUGUAUUCGUGAUAUCUGUGUCGGGUCUUACCAGUCCUAUGGCAACAGCAUUGCUGCCUCGGCUGCCUUUAUGGCGUUCAACGUUGACCACAAUGGUUCCAACUUGGCGGUUCUCCCAAUCGACGACUGCGGUCGCAAGAGCAAGACGAUGCCACUGCUUCACGCACACUCGGACACUGUCACCGACAUGGCAUUCUCUCCGUUUCAUGACGGGCUUUUGGUCACUGGAUCCCAAGACUGUUUGGUGAAAAUUUGGCACAUUCCUGAAAAAGGAUUGGAGGAGUCUCUGUCUCAGCCAGAGUGCGUCUUCUCGCACCAACAGCGCAGAGUUGAGACGGUCUCUUUUCACCCUACUGCAGAUUUCCUCCUCACAACAACUUCGUACGCCACUGUUGCACUGUGGGAUUUCAAUGAGGAGAAAGAGCUACAAACAAGCGCCGAGGGUUCGGACGUAGUGCAGUCGUUGAGUUGGCGAGGCGACGGUAUGAUUUUUGCAACCACCUGCAAAGACAAGCAGCUGCGUGUGCAGGACCCUCGCUCGAAUCUAGUCACUCACAGUGCCAAUAGCCACCAGAGUCUGAAGGAUUCUCGUGUUGUGUGGCUCGGAGACCCCAACUGGAUUCUCACAACUGGAUUUGAUGCUGCUCGUUUGAGGGAGGUCAUCAUUCGAGACAUAAGGAAAUUUGGUGAUCCUGUUAAGAUUCUGCAGCUUGACAGUUCUACAGGAAUCCUUGUUCCCUUGUUUGACGUGGACACGAACAUGCUUUUCUUGGCCGGAAAAGGUGACACUACGAUUCAAUAUAUGGAGGUGUCUGAGAGAGAUCCCUUCUUGAUCGAGGGGUUGCGGCACUCGGGAGAGCAGACAAAGGGUGCUUGUCUGGUGCCAAAACGGGCACUUCAAGUCAUGCAAGCCGAGGUUAAUCGAGUGCUCCAACUUACAUCCAACUCGGUCAUCCCGAUCACCUACCAGGUGCCCCGAAAGUCCUACCGGAACUAUCACAGCGAUCUUUUCCCAGACACUGCUAGUCCAUUGUCUCCUCUGCUUUGCUCUCAGUGGAUGGCGGGAGAAAACAAAAGUUUGUCCAAGAUCAGCUUGGACCCAGAAAAAAGACAAGAAGAAUUGAUGCAGGUUCACCGAGGGAACUUGGCAGAGAUGCGCGCCUCUGCUUUGCAGAAACAGUCAAACAAAAUUCAUGUGAAAGAAACUCCUACAAAUGGGGUGUCGAUGCCACCGAAACCAAUGCCCCGCUCCAGAGGCUGCAUUGUCGACACUCCAAACAACAAUCACGCAAAUGAGCAUAUUUUGGUAGAAAACACACCUCAGCCGGCUGCUCGAGUGACCAAAGCCAACAAUGGUCUUGUAAACUCAAAUUAUAAGAGCAUGCAGCCCCGUCUCGGACCUCGGCCGUAUGCACCACCCAGCUUCGGGAAAGAAAUUGCGUGCACAGAGACAAAUGGCAAAGGUGCAACGUCACCUGAUCCAGCAGAUAAACCAAUUUGCGAAGUGGACAACAAGGAUGUUGAAGAAGCUGAGGAGCUACCACAGGCCAACAGCAAGCAGGAAGAUCAAACUAAGAACGACGAAGAAUCGGUCAAGGUGUCUGAGGACGCAAGUGAAAAGUUAAGCAUAGCGGAAAGGCGUCGGCUCUACGAGACACGCUCGGCUUCUGUGCAAGAGGCACCUGGCUCUCUGUCACCCACGCCUCUCAGACGACGAAACUCUUUAAAGACCAACCACAAACAGCCUGAGACCAUCUGUGAAGAGCCGAAAGUUGUUGCCGCCAAGAACAAAGUAGUGGAGCAGGCGGCACGUGCACCAGAAAGGACUUCGACUGUUUUUGGGCGCGUGUCAAAGUUCCGCCACUUGAAAGGUACUUUCAUGCCCAAAGCGUUCCACAUUGAAAACAUAAGGAAUAUAAGCCAGCAACUGCCAAAAGAGUGUGACGGAUUUCAUGCAAAUCCUAUAAGGGCAGCAGUACCCCUGAGUGGUCCAGGUGGAAAAAUAGCAGUGUUUGAGUUGGACAAGACCGGAAAACUGCCUGACGGUGUGAUCCCUGCUCUCGUCAAUGGCUCCAGUGUAAUCGACUUUGCCUGGGAUCCUUUCGACUACAGCCGCUUGCUUGUUGCAUGUGACAAUGGAACGGUCAGGGCGUGGAACAUAUCGGACGGAGGUCUCUCCGAGUCUACAAACGAACCAACUUUAAUUUUGCCCGGAAUUGGAGAAAAGAUCUCUUUCAUCAAAUUCCACCCUUUGGCCAGAGACGUGCUAGCCAUUGGCUUGUUUGAUUUAAGUGUUCGCAUCUGGAAUCUGAAGGAGCAAAAGGAGAUCCUUCAGAUAAGUGGACACACAGACCAGAUUUUCAGCUUGGCUUGGAGUUCAUGUGGCAAAUUUUGUGCCACGGUGUGCAAAGACACAAAGAUUCGUGUUUUUGAGCCUCGCAAGAGUGUUGAGCCACUUCGUGAAGGUGUUGCCACCGAGGGACUGAGGGGUUCGCGCGUUCUGUGGGCACUGGACAGCUCUCUGCUGGUUGUUGCUGGAUUCGACAAGAUUUCCCAAAGGCAGAUUCUUGUCUUGGACGCCAUCAAUCUUUCAAACGUUCUUGCUACUGUCGGCUUGGACGUCUCCCCUGCAAUUCUCAUUCCGUUUUACGACGUAGACAGUUCCACCCUUUUCCUGACCGGGAAGGGUGACUCGACGGUUUAUGUUUUUGAAGUGACAAAAGAGGCACCGUACCUUUGUGCGCUUAGCCAUCAUCGGAUGGACAGUUUGCAUCAGGGGCUGUCAUUUUUGCCCAAAAAUGAGUGCAACAUAUCAGCCGUUGAGUUCGCCAAGGCGCUGCGUCUCACUAACAACAGCAUCAAGCCAAUCUCGUACACUGUCCCACGAAUCAAGACUGAGCUGUUCCAAGAUGACCUGUUCCCUCCGACCAGAGUCACUUGGGAACCAGCCAUGGAAGCAGGUGAAUGGUUCAGUGGGGUCAACAAACUGCCACAGCUUGUCAGUCUCAAGCCCGAAGGAAUGCUGUCACUGUCGGACAACCAGACAAAUAAUACGAACAAUGGUGGAAGCAAAGCAAGCCAUGUGAGCACCAAGAUCAACUCGUGGGAGCAAGAGUCCAUUGCCGAGACUCGAAAUAAGAUCCAGAUGGCGGUGAGCAACCGAAUGGAACUCUGCAAGAAGUUGGAACAGGAUGACAUGGAGGGUGUUGAAGCUGAGGAAUGGGACGAGGAAUGAACAAACCCAAUGAACACCUCAAACAGGAUUUACCUUUGAGAAUCUGACAUCGAGUCAAUAAUCCAAUAACACUGUAUAAGUAUUUCUAGUCUAUGAUCUGUGCAUCUGAUAAAGUAUGACAUAAUAUUUGAUCUCACUAAUGGAUGGGACCAAUUGAAAGGCACAUGUGUGUUAAAGCCACAUUUCAAAAUGCCGCACCCAUUUGAGACAAAUAAUAUGAUGCUGGAUAUAUUGUGCUUUUGACGCCCAACCCCGCUUUUGGGUCUAUUCUGGCAUGCAUAUAAUUUGCGAGUGGUCUUAAUUAUACUGUACGAUUUGUAAGGCCGACAAGUGUUUCUUUUUUUAUAUCUAAAAUCUAAAAUACAAUGCUUUUUUAACAUAACAGCUGUAAGUCAUCUCUCUAUUUUAUAAUAUUACUAAAACAAUUAGAAUUAGUGUGAAAUGUAAAUAACUUUGCUCUUUUUUAAGGUUAAAGUUCAGCAAGUAGAUAAUCAUGUACAAUUAAAAAAAAAUUUGCUUUUGAAUUUGGUCAUGAACUUACUAAUUAAUAAGUUCUUUCUGCUACAGCUUGUGGCAAAUUCUUUCCCAUUGUUUUUGAUUUUGAUGUAAUUUGGGAGAGAAUAUAUUAAUUUAUUGAAUCCCAAAAAAAUUGGGAUCCAUUGGGGAGGAAUAAUUUAAUUUGAGUAAUGCUUAAGUGACGAACAUCACUUAAAAAUUUAUCCUAAUUAAAUUGAUUGAAUAAGUGAAAAAGUAAAAACUUAAUUUUACUUUUUGUGAUUUAUAUAAAAUUUUCCUGCAUUUGAUAAAUGAGCUUUUGUAUAAGCAUCUCAUUGUGUGUUGUUAGUGGCAAUAAAGCAAAAAAAUAAACCAAUUCUAAAUACUAAAUUUUU